CAUCGAUAUGGUGUUUAGGCUUCUGGGUCCUUCGUCUGUAAUCCAUCGUCACACCAAAUCAAUCCCACUCUUAAUCCGAAGAUUCUCCUCCCUUCCCUCAACUCGAAAAGACCCCGACCUCGAAUCCGCUCUCACACGCAACAAGAGAUGGAUAAUCAACAGCCGUCUCAAAAACAUCAUCCUACGCUGUCCCAACCAAACCGCACCAGUCAAGUUCCUACAAAAAAAGUUCAAAAGCCUCGACCUUCAGGGAAAAGCCUUGAACUGGGUCAAGAAAUAUCCUUGCUGUUUCGACGUUUAUCUCGAGGAGGAGGACAAUGAGUAUUACUGCCGUUUAACCAAGCCCAUGAUGGCUCUUGUGGAAGAAGAAGAGGUUGUUAAAGAGGCCCAAGAGGGUGUUUUGGCGGGUAGGCUUGCGAAGUUGCUUAUGAUGAGUGUUGAUCAGAGACUUAAUGUUGUGAAGCUUAAUGAGUUGAAGAGGAGUUUUGGGUUUGGUGAUGAUUAUGUUGUUAGGAUUGUGGGGAAGUAUGGUGAUUUGUUUCGGUUGGUUAAUUAUAGUGGGAGGAAGAGUUCGUUGGAGAUUGAGCUUUUGUCUUGGAAGCCUGAGUUAGCUGUUUCCGCUGUGGAAGUAAAGUGUGGGUCUGAGGAGGUUUGCUUCUCUUGCUCCUUGCCGACCACGUGGACUAACCCGUGGGAGAGGUUUUUGGAGUUUAAUGCGUCUCCUUACGUAUCACCGUAUCAAGAAGGUAAGGAUCUUGUUGUGGAGGGUGAGAAGGAGAGUGAGAAGAGGAGCGUUGGUUUGGUUCAUGAGUUGCUGUCGUUGACGCUGUGGAAGAAGAUGUCGAUGGUGAAGCUGAGUCAUUUCAAGAAGGAGUUUGGGUUGCCUGAGAGGCUGAACGGUAUGCUUUUGAGACAUCCGGGGAUAUUCUAUGUUUCUAAUAAGUAUCAGGUUCACACUGUGGUUCUUAGGGAAGGCUAUGAUGGGUCAGAGUUGAUUCAGAAAGAUCCGCUUGUUGUUGUGAAGGAUAAGUUUGGGGAACUGAUGCAGCAAGGGUUGUAUGAGUAUAAUCGGAGAAGAUAUUUGGCUAAUCUGGAGAAGAAGAGAGAGAAGGGUAUUGAAUCUGUGAAGUCUGUGGUGAGAAAGAGAGACAUGAUUGACCAUGGGGAUGAUGUUGAUGAUGAACAAAAGAACCAUGGGGAUAGACCAGGUGGUAUGUUUGAUCCAGAAGAAAGAAAAAGGUUCUAUCAGAUUCUUUUCAGUGACUCCCAAUAGAGAGCAUUUUGGUAAAAGUUGAAACAUUAUGCGCUGAGGAAUUGCUAAAACUGCAGUGACUCUUGGGACAGACAGCUUGUUUUUCCCAUGUGAAUUUAGAGCAUAUUGUGAUAUCGAUAGCUUAACGCAAAAGCACAAUGUCUCAGAUAUGGCAAGUUCAGAUGAUACAGCCGCAUUGGAACAUAGACAAACACACAUAUCAUGUCUUGUUGUGUUUAUAGAGAAAGAAGUAAAAGAAGGCAUGAGACGUGGAUAGGUCGUGAGAGUGAAAGAGACCACUUGAGUUAUGAAGAAGAUAAACAUUUUUGUAGACCAAAUAACCUACUGUUAAUGCUUUCCCUUACUACCAAGGCAACUCUAUAGUUCCCUGUUUUCUUAAUUCUCAAAUGCUCAUUUUUGUUCUCUUGUUUUAAACACUUUUCUUUGAAAAUACUGUGAACCAAAAGAUUUGGUUUUCUAAUCAUAGUUUGUGUAGAGAAUACUUUAUACCGAUACUCUUU